AUGCUCAUCAAUAGCUUAAGUUUCUUUAAAAGCCACUGGGCAGUCUGGAAACUAGUUGGAUUAACCUUCAGGCAGACCAAAUGGACACAACUCUACAUCGUCUAUAGUCUCAUGUUAAACCUGUUCGUCAGCAUCGGCUUUCCGCUGCAUCUGGGAUUAUCGGUUUUUAGAAACAAGAACCUCUCGGAUGAUGUCUUGAACCUAACGACAUUCGCCACCUGCUUGGCAUGUUCCCUAAAGACCGCAAUAUAUGCCUACAACCUUGAUAAGGUGAAGCAAAUGGAGCAACUGCUGAGUCAGCUGGACUUGCGGAUCAAGAGUGCGGCAGAGAAAACCAUCUACAAAAACCUGAAAGCCCAGCUGAGAAACAUUCUCUAUGUCUUCAUUGGCAUCUAUUUGCCUGCUGGAGUUUUUGCCGAUUUGGCUUUUAUAUUCAAGGCAGAACGCAGCCUCAUGUAUCCUGGCUGGUUUCCAUUUGAUUGGCUCAACUCAACGCGCAACUUCUACAUCGCCAGUGCGUUUCAGAUUGCGGGCGUUAGCUUUCAGUUGACGCAGAACUAUGCGAACGACUGUUUCCCAGCCGUAAUGUUGUGCUUGAUCUCAGCUCAUAUAAAGAUGCUCUACGUGCGCUUCGAGCAGGUGGGAGUGGAUGAAGCCGAGGACGCUGAGGAUCAGCUGGAGGCAUGCAUAACCGAUCACAAGCGUUUGCUGGAACUGUUUCGCACCAUUGAGUCCUUCAUGUCGCUGCCCAUGCUGAUUCAGUUCGCGGUGACUGGGCUGAAUAUAUGUACUAGCAUUGCGGGGCUGCUCUUUUUUGUUACCGAGCCGAUGACACUCACAUAUCUCAUAUUUUAUUCGCUGGGUGUUCCGCUGCAAAUCUUUCCCACCUGCUACUAUGGCACAGACAUCGAGCUCUGGUUUGGCAAGCUGCACUAUGCGGCCUUCAGUUGCAAUUGGCUGGCACAGAGUCGGAGUUUCAAGAAGAAGCUGAUGCUUUUCGUGGAGCGCUCACUGAAGCGCACCGUACCCAUGGCUGGUGGGAUGCUAACCAUUCACGUGAGCACCUUCUUCUCCACACUCAAGUUCGCCUACUCGCUGUUCACCAUCUUGAUUCGCAUGCGAAACUAAUGGCCAGAA